AUGAUUAUCUUUCCGAUAAACUCGAACCAAGUCUCGCCAAUACUAAACCACCUGAUCUCAGAAGGGCAAAACGACAGACAUUUACUUUUAAGAGAGACCUCUCAAGUGCUGAAAACUUUGCGAAAAAUGAAAGGAACAUCAUUCAAGACACCCCCACAAGUGCUCAAAAACGACCUUGAAACACUUGUUCCUCUACCGCUGACGAAAAUCACGGAAAUUUCACCUGACACGAAAAUUUUCCGAUUCGGUCUUCCAGAAGGCCAUCGUCUUGGUUUACCUGUCGGCUUGAAUGUGCGAACAGUUGCUGAGGUUGACGGAGAAACUGUCAUGCGCAGUUACACUCCGAUCUCGUCAGAAGAUGAUUUGGGGUUCUGUGACCUGUUGAUCAAGGUCUACUUUCCCUGCGAGAGAUUUCCAGAGGGCGGCAAGAUGACCCAGUACAUCAACAAACUCAAGAUCGGAGACACCCUGGAUUUCGUUGGACCAAAAGGAAAGCUUAUCUACCGAAGAAACGGCGAGUUCCACAUUCGCGAGUCGUUUCUUCCCUCCGACAAGGAUUUCAAAAUAAGAAAAGGCAUCAAGCACAUUGGAAUGAUCGCUGGAGGUUCUGGCAUUACUCCGAUGAUGCAGCUUGUUCGUGACGCAGUAGUAAAAUCGAAUGAAGAUACGCAGCUGUCAUUGUUGUUUGCAAAUCGAUCUGAAGAAGACAUUUUGCUGCGGGAAGAAAUCGAAGAGACGGCGAAAAAUCAUCCUGGACGAUUCAAAUUUAUGUUCACAGUUGACAACGCGCCUGCAGGAAAAGAAUGGAGCUACAAAACUGGCCAUAUCAACAAAGACAUGAUCGCGGAGUCCCUGCCCGCCGCAUCGGACGAUACAAUGAUCCUCAUUUGUGGUCCUCCUCCAAUGAUCAAAUUCGCCUGCAUGCCUAAUCUCGCCGAGCUCGGGCACAAGGAGGAAAAUAUUUUCUGCUACUAA